AUGUUAAAAGCUGAGCCCUUUAUUGGGAUCGUGGAAGAUCAAGGGAACGUGCUGACAGCUAGGGAGGAGGAAAUGAGCUCUGUCCAGAAGCCCAAUGCUAAUGAAGUGGUGUCCACACCACUGUGCUAUGAAAUGAAUGGUUCCUGCCCCAGAACUCUUUACUCCUUUGGGGUCCAGCUGGCCAUCUACAUGGCCUGUGUGGUGGGCAUGUUGCUCACAGUUCUGGGGAACCUGAUGGUGGUGAUUGCGGUCUCCCACUUCAAAACCCUGCAUACCCCAACCAACUUCUUACUACUCUCUCUGGCCCUUGCAGAUCUCCUUCUAGGGGUGACAGUGCUGCCCUUCAGCACUAUCCGAUCUGUGGAGAGCUGCUGGUAUUUUGGAGAUGACUUUUGCAAGCUGCAUACCUUCCUGGACACAGUCUUCUGUUUGACCUCUAUAUUUCAUCUGUGUUUUAUUUCCAUUGAUCGCCACUAUGCUAUCUGCAAUCCUCUGCUCUACACCACUAAGUUUACCACACGGGUGGCUUGUGUCUAUAUAGUUAUAGGGUGGGGGGUCCCCAUGGUUUAUACAUUUGUCUUCCUGUAUACCAAUGUGCUUGAAAAAAACUUGGGCCAUUUCUUACAAGACAUGCCCUGCAUUGGUCAAUGUCAGCUGUUGUUCAACAGACUCUGGGGCUGGUUGAACUUCCCUCUGUUCUUCAUCCCCUGCCUCAUAAUGAUAACUUUGUAUGUGAAAAUAUUCAUUGUGGCAAACAGACAAGCUAGACAGAUAAGCAACAUGAAUGCAAGUACUGGAUUUGGGCUGCACGCAGGAGCAUCAAAGAGGGAAAGAAAGGCAGCUAAAACUCUUGGUAUUGCUGUAGGAAUCUACCUUCUGUGCUGGCUGCCUUUUACUAUAGACACCAUGGUAGAUUGUCUUCUAGAUUUCAUUACCCCACCAGUUCUCUUUGAUGUCCUUAUCUGGUUUGCUUACUUUAAUUCAGCCUGCAAUCCUUUGAUUUAUGUGUUUUCCUACCGCUGGUUCAGGAAGGCAGUGAAAAUACUUUUAACUCGCAACAUCUUUGGUUCUGGGACAUCUACUGUAGACUUAUAUCAGGACUAA